AUGGCGAGAACUGUUAUUUCCGCGAAAUGUUUGACGGCGUUUGCAGUUAUUUUGGCAAUGGUUGCUCUGAGCGAAGCAAAGCCGCAGUUUGCAGGUGGUGGAAGAAUCCGAGGCUUUUUCAACAACUUGUCGGGGUUCAAUGACCCCGAGUUGCGGGAUGAAGGCGAGCGGAGUGGGGACGCAGACGAGGACACUGGGGACGGGCCAGCUGAUGACGACCCCACUGGGGACGCUGGGGACAACCAGCAGGAACAGGGACUGCAGCCAAUCAAUGAUGGGCCAGAGCCGAAUGAUGACGCUGAUUACGAAGACGAUGGGCCAGACGGGGAGGCUGAAUAUGCUGACGAAGCCGGAGAAAGAGACAAUCGACAAUAUUAAAACAUGGGCUC